UGACUUUGUGACCUCAUUAAACUAUUUACGUAAACAAUGAUUAUAAUGGUAACGUGUUUAGUGAUAAUUGUGCUCCUAUAUUUAUCAAUCACAAGAAAGCAUAACUACUGGAAAGUAAGAGGAGUAAAAUAUGAAGAGCCGGCGCCUGUAUUCGGCAGCAUAUGGCGAGUUUUUAGACAAAAUAUCAGCUUGUCGGAGUAUCUCGCAGAAUUGUACCAGAAAUAUCCGAAAGAAAAGUUCGUCGGGUACUUUGGUGGCAGAGCUAUCUCCCUCCUUGUGAGGGAUCCUGAGCUUGUGAAACAUGUUUUAGUGACCGAUUUCCAGUAUUUUUAUCCGAGAGGAUUGAAUACUCAUAAGAUAGUGAUAGAGCCGAUGAUGAAGAAUCUUUUCUUUGCGGAUGGGGAUCUGUGGAAGCUGCUGCGGCAGAGGAUGACGCCCGCCUUCACGUCCGGCAAGCUGAAGGCGAUGUUCCCUCUGAUCGUGGAGAGGACCGAGCGGCUGCAGCGCACCGCCGCCGCCGCCGCGGAGCGCGGUGCGGAGGUGGACGUGCGCGACCUCAUGGCGCGCUACACCACCGACUUUAUCGGCGCCUGCGGCUUCGGCAUCGACUCCGACUCCAUCACCGACGACACAUCCCCGUUCAGAGAUCUGGGAAAGCGUAUUUUUACCCCAACCCUAAAAGGGGCUAUCUGUUCGUUUCUAAAGUGGACUUUCCCAGAAACAUUCAAACAUUUGCACGUCACAGCCUCUGAUGUCACGAGAGAUACGAUUGAUUUGGUGAGAAGCAUCAUGCAGGAGAGAAAUUACAAGCCGGUUGGGAGAAACGACUUUAUAGAUUUGCUUUUCGAGUUGAAAGCGAAGGGAGUUAUGGUCGGCGAGUCGCUGGAGAAGAGGAAUCCUGACGGGACGCCGCAGACGGUGGAGCUGGAGUUGGACGAGCUGCUGAUGGCGGCGCAAGUGUUCGUGUUCUUCGCGGCGGGGUUCGAGACGUCCUCGUCGGCGACCAGCUACACGCUGCACCAGCUCGCCCUGCACCCUGACCAGCAGGCCAAGUGCCAGCAGGAGAUCGACGAAGUGCUCGCACGACAUGACGGGAAAUUAUGCUACGAUGCUGUCAAAGAAAUGAAGUAUCUGCACAUGUGUUUUAAGGAAGGUAUGCGAAUGUUCCCGUCCCUCGGCUUCCUCAUCCGACAAUGUGUGAGGCCGUACACAUUCCCAGGGACCGACGUGACCGUCGACGGCGGCGUGUACGUGCUGGUCUCCGUGCAGGGCCUGCACAACGACGAGCAGUACUUCAAGGAGCCAGGCCAGUUCCGGCCGGAGCGGUUCGGCGAAGGGGCGCCCUCUAUACCUAACCACGUGUAUCUGCCGUUUGGAGAAGGACCGCGAGCGUGUAUAGGUGAGCGCCUGGGUCUGAUGCAGUCGCUGGCGGGGCUGGCGGCGCUGCUGCGCCGGUGCGCGGUGGCGCGCUCUGCCGGCACCCGCGCGCCCCGCGUCGACGCCGCCUCCUUCAUCGUGCAGAACAUAGAUGGCGGGCUACCGCUCUCGUUGAUACCGAGGAAAUAGACUCAAUGACUUAUUUAUUA